AUGAUAACUGUUAUAGGUUCCCUCAACUACGACUUUGUGACGUUUACAAGUCGUGUUCAUUGCCCUGGUGAAACCGUUCUAGGUGAUGCAUUUGAGCAGCAUUUAGGAGGCAAAGGAUUGAACGAGACAAUUGCCACUGCCCGUUUGAGCCCGGCCUGCUCAAAAAUGGUUCGUCUCUGGGGAAAGGUGGGCAACGAUCUUUUUGGAGAGCAGAUGAUUUCUGCUCUCAAUGAUGCCGGCGUGUGCACAUCGUUGGUUAGUGUGGUUCCAGGAGUCUCAUCCGGCUCUGCUACCAUCAUUGUGGAGCACGACGGCGGUGAAAACCGGAUUAUCGUGAUUGGUGGUGCAAACAGUACUUUGAAGCCUACAGAGGAAGAGUAUAAGGCAGCAUUCAAGGACUCAGCUGCUGGGGACUACGCUAUCAUUCAGAAUGAGUACCCGGACCCUAUUGGAUCUAUUAGAUGGUUGCGCAAGAACAAACCAGAAAUCAAAAUCGUGUACAACCCUUCUCCGAUGAAGCCAGACUGGGUAUCAAUAGAGAUUCUUAAUAUGGUAGACUAUCUCGUGGUGAAUCAGGGGGAAGCUAAAGAUUUGUGGGAACUACUCAAGGACGACAAGCUUAAUUUACAAGAGUCCGUUAGGGAUUUUGCAAAAUUUGUUUUGCAGGACCUACAAGAACUACUAUCACGUCCUGAUAUUGUAAUAACACUCGGUGGGGAGGGCUGCAUUUUCACGAAUGAGAAAAAUACGGUCUACAUUCCUAGUGUUAAGGUGACCAGCCUCGUGGAUACUACAGGUGCAGGAGAUACCUUUCUCGGUGGAUUCGUCAGCCAGUUGCAUUCGGGUAAGAGUGCAAAGGAUGCUAUCGAAUUUGCCUCUGUGGCAUCGUCCAUGGCUAUCCAACACAGGGGAGCUGCAGAAAGUAUACCGGUCUAUGAACAGGUCCAAAAGCAGUAUUAA